GGCCCAAAAAGCAAACAAAAAGAAAAGGAAAGGAUGGAAAAAAGGUAGAAUAGAAAAGGAGGAGAAAUUGACACAACAAAAAUGUGAUUUUGGUCUUUGGCAGAAGUCCAAAGAUAUGGAAGCUAUAUUACCACAUCUCUCAAAUAAAGACAAGUUGCUGGCCCUCAAGGAACAACUUAACUUCAGAAAGAUUGUUCCGAAACAGAAAAGUGACUGCAAAACUACAUUCAGCUUGACUUGCAAAGUAGGAAGCAAUUAUGUACCUCACACUAUACCAAAGCUUGAAAAAAAACUUAUAACCUUUUUCUCAGUAUCAAGCAUAAAAGGAGGAGCAUGAAGAACAAAGACCACUAGUUGAGAAGUUGAUAUCCCAUGAUUUUGUGGAGAAAGGAAGACCUGUGAACUACAGUGGAAGGAUUAUAAGUGGUGUACCUGGAUUUAGAAGGUGGUUCAAUGUGAAGUACACAAUGUGAAGUAUCAUGUUUCCAACAACAUGAAUUAUUCCCCGAACAUGACCUUUACCCAAGAACAAUUUUGAUUACCUUAAACUUGUCUAGUUCUGAGGAAAUCCCAGUUUAUUCGAU